AUUCCGUUCCAAAGCAAGUCUCAAUCAGCUGUUCGGCGCCCCCCCCUCCCCCUCCCACUCCCCGCCAGGCUAAAAUGGCUGCCGCUACCCGGGUCCUCUCUCGUCUCGCCGGUGUGGCCCCGGUUGGGGUUCGGUCAUGCUACACGGCCACCCGGCCUAACCUGGCCGUCAAUGAGCACACGAAGGUUAUCUGCCAGGGGUUCACAGGCAAGCAAGGAACCUUCCACUCCAGGCAAGCCAUUGAGUAUGGCACCCUCAUGGUGGGCGGGGUGUCCCCUGGCAAGGGGGGCAAGAAGCACCUCAACCUGCCAGUUUUCAACAAUGUGAAGGAAGCCAAGGAUGCCACAGGUGCUGAUGCUUCAGUCAUUUAUGUGCCUCCCCCGGGUGCUGCCAAGGCGAUCAUAGAGGCAGUGGAGGCUGAGGUGGGGCUGGUGGUGUGCAUCACAGAGGGCAUCCCUCAGCAAGACAUGGUGCGCGUCAAACAUGCUCUUCUGCGACAGGACAAGACUCGUCUCAUUGGGCCCAACUGUCCAGGCAUCAUUGCUCCUGAGAAGUGCAAGAUUGGAAUCAUGCCAGGCCACAUCCACAAGAAGGGCUCCAUAGGAAUUGUGUCCAGGUCAGGCACACUCACUUAUGAGGCAGUGCAUCAGACCACUCAGGUUGGGCUUGGCCAGACCCUGUGUAUCGGCAUUGGUGGUGAUCCCUUCAACGGUACUAAUUUCAUUGACUGUCUCGAGACUUUCCUCAGGGAUCCCGAAACUAAGGGUAUAAUUCUCAUUGGUGAAAUCGGAGGAGGUGCCGAGGAAAGAGCAGCUGAAUAUCUCAAAGAGAACAACUCUGGUGCUAAUGCCAAGCCUGUGGUGUCGUUCAUUGCUGGCCUGACCGCCCCUCCCGGCCGAAGAAUGGGCCACGCAGGAGCCAUUAUUUCUGGGGGCAAGGGUGGAGCCAUGGACAAGAUUCACGCAUUGGAAAGUGCUGGAGUGGUAGUGUCCAGAAGUCCAGCACAAAUGGGAAACAUGCUGUUGGAAGAGAUGAAGCGAGUGGGAUUGGUCAAUCAUUAACUUGUGUGGUGUGGUCAAUGCUGCCAGCUGCUGCUGCUAAACUUUUCCUCAGUAACAUGAUUGCAGUCUUAUCUGUAAAUCUCUUCAGCUAUCUGGAAACUGAGGUGGGCUUCUGAUGACACUCGGCUCUUGACAUGUUAGAGACUAGUGGUUUGAUGUAUUUUUCUGGUGCAGUUUGUUAAUGAUGAAUUACCACUAUUUUUUUCUGCAAUUUGCUAAAUGAAAAAGACAAGUAGUUGAUGAGAACUGUUGUUUGGAGGUGAUGCAGUUAGAUACAUUGUAGUAUGAAUACAUUUCCCUUGCACUGUACAGAUUAUUUUUGUGAUGUUUUCUUCUCAAGACAAUAUUUGUUAAUGCACUCAUCUGAUUGAAAACAAAAAGAAUCAUCAGUUUUUACCAAUGUUUCUUAGAAGCUGAACCUGUAAAUAUGUGGUUAUGAUGUACGCUUUAUUUUGGGAAAUGAACUGUAUGAGUGACAAAAAUGCCAAGUACAUGUUCGUAUAAUUUAAAUAGUUGUUUCCUUCAAAAUAUAUAUUAUCCUGAUGAUCAAACUAUGUACUUAAUAUUUCAUGAAAUAAAGUACAACUGUUA